GGGAAGAAGCCCAAAUUACCAUUUUACACCUACCAUUUUUUCUUCUUGUCUUCUCCUUAGAGCCAGGCACUGAAGAAGUAAAAAAGCUCCUCCUGCUUUUACUUGGUUGUGCAGUUCAGUGUCAGAAAAAAGAAGAAUUUAUCGAAAGAAUCCAAGGCCUGGAUUUUGACACCAGAGCAGCUGUCGCAGCCCAUAUUCAGGAGGUGACUCACAACCAGGAGAACGUGUUUGAUCUGCAGUGGAUGGAUGUCAUUGUGCUGACACAGGAGUAUGUUGAACCUCUCUUGAAAAACAUGGCCCUGCAUUUGAAAAGACUUAUAGAUGAGAGAGAUGAGCACUCAGAGGUACGGGUUGGGCUUGGGAAGGGAAAUACAAGGCCAGGAUUAUCAUUGCUGUACUGU